AUUUUGGCCGCUAGACGGGGCAAAAAAUCCAUGUUUAACACACACACACACAGUAGCAGCCUAAAAUUAGUUUUAUACAGUGAGUGGGAACUCAUCCAACCCAGCAUAACAAGAGGAGAGGCUGAAUCAAUGAGCUCCUGUGUGAAGAAAACUUGAGCUGUCCUCCAUCUACCCUCUUCCCCUCCUCUCUCCCGGCCCCUGGGCCAGGGAAUGUGCCGGCUGGGAGAUGCCUUACGUGGAUCGGCAGAACCGGAUCUGUGGCUUCCUGGACAUCGAGGAAAACGAGAGCAGUGGGAAGUUCCUGCGUCGCUAUUUCAUCCUGGACACCCAACCGGGCAGCCUGGUGUGGUACAUGGACAACCCUCAGAACCUGCCCAUCAGUGCGGACUGUGUUGGCUCACUCAAACUCACCUACAUCUCCAAGGUCAGCGACGCCACUAAGCAGAGACCCAAGGCAGAGUAUUGCUUCGUCAUCAACGCUGGCAUGAGGAAAUUCUUCCUCCAGGCCAAUGAUCAGCAGGACCUGGUGGACUGGGUGAACGCUCUCAAUAAGGCCACCAAAAUCACUGUGCCAAAGUCCUAUGAUGGCCAACAUAAUGUGGAGACCCAGAAAGCCCUUCUGGACAACCUGGGACCCAAGAAGCAGGUCUCCUACAGGACUGACAUCAUCGGGGGAGUUCCCAUCAUAACUCAGAUGCAGCAGGAAAGGGGCGAGGGCCAGGAGGGUUCCGAGCGAGAGUUGCUGCAGAGAUCCCACAACCAGCUGCCAUACUUCCUGGGCAGGCCGACCCAAGACAAGACUGUAAUCAAGUCUGGCUAUUGUGUGAAGCAGGGAGCUGUGAUGAGGAAUUGGAAAAGGAGAUAUUUCUUACUGGAGGAGAACUCAAUGAGUUACUUCAAAUCAGACCUGGAGAAGGACCCUCUGAGAAUUAUUCCAUUGAAGGAGGUCCACAAAGUUCAGGAGUGCAAACAGAGUGACAUCAUGAUGAGGGAUAAUCUCUUUGAGGUUGUCACCACUUCUAGGACCUUUUACAUUCAGGCUGACAGUCCAGAGGAGAUGCACAGCUGGAUCAAGGCUGUCUCUGGGGCCAUCGUAGCCCUGCGGGGACCUGGGAGAUCUGCAGCCACAAUGCGGCAAGCCAGACGGCUGUCGAACCCCUGUAUACAGAGGUAUACGGCCCGAAUCGGGGAGUGCAGCACCAGGAGUACUGUGGCUGUUCCUCCUCUUCCACAUUCUACAGCAGCCACCCGGGGCCCCCCGUCCCUCGCUCGCCCAUAUCUGCAGUGCCACCCUACCCAGAGUGCCCUGCUGUCGCGGGCGGCGCACGCCCGGAGCCUGGCGUGGGACAGCGAGCAUUUCAUGAGCCUCCUGCCACGACCCAGCCACGCCCGACUGUCACUGCAGGAGACACGCCUGUCCAAGUGACUGCUGCCACCACACUUUAAUUUUUUUAUUUUAAUUUUACCUUUAUUUAACCAGGCAAGUCAGUUAAGAACACAUUCUUAUUUUCAAUGACGGCCUGGGAACAGUGGGUUAACUGCCUGUUCAGGGGCAGAACGACAGAUUUGUACCUUGUCAGCUCGGGGGUUUGAACUCACAACCUUCCGGUUACUAGUCCAACGCUCUAACCACUAGGCUACGCUGCCGCCUUGAGUCGCCAUGGAGACGGUGCAGCACCUUUGAGGGCUACCCACCAGAACCCCCUCCUUGACUUGGACCCUACCGACCUGCCAGUCAGUGAAGUCUGACCCCUACCAACAAACUAGGAGAUAUUGUGUGACAACAGUGAUAAUGGAGGAAAUGAGAGGAGUGCUUUUGAAUAACGGAGAGAAGCAGAACCAGGGGGUUGCUGGUCUCCUCCACCAAACUGACCAGAAGUCAUCUGGAUAGAAAUGGCAGAAAGCAGAAACUGGACUCCAUGCCAAAGUGAAUGACUGUAUAAUAUGUCUGACCUCCAUCCAUCUCGUUACCUAACCCAACUAGUCAACCCUGGUCAGAUAUUAGAGUUGAAAGUCACUCAGGGACAGAGGGGUUGCGUUCUCUCCCGGUGUUUCAUUGUUAGUCAUCUGCUCAGUUCAAGUUGAGGCCUGUGUACACAUGCAUAAAGUCAUGCAAUCAGGUGUGUGUGUGUGUGGGGAGGGUGGGAUUCACACUGAGCUCUAUGCCAAAGACACGCCAUUUGUAAUUUUCUCCCACCUCAGAUCAAAUGUUAAUGUUCACCUACACAUUUAGAUUUAAAAUGUAAUGAAGAGUUUUACCUGCAACUCCUGACUACACACAAAGAUUAAUUCAACAAUUUGUGUGCUAGUGAGUGUAUAUUUUAAGGGAGCAAGCUAUAUUGUCUGAGGGAAUAGUUGUCAAGCUCCAGAAAUAAUCAUGCCUGGUCAUUUCAUACAUUCACUGUUGUUCUUAUUGAACGUUGUCUUUAUUGUUUUACUUUACUGUAUGGUGUAUGACCCAAAUUAUUCUCACAGACAUUUUCGUCAUCUGAUUUUACAAUCCCACAAGUUGUUGGCACACACUGGACUGGUACGAGAGGACUGUGCAGCUCCAAAGCAAGCCAUGUGGGUCAUUCCCCCAAUUCGGUGCCUUUUUGAGAAGUAUAAAGUGGUAAAAAAAUAAUUUUAAAAAUCACCUUAAUUAGCAUUCUGUCAUAAAGAGCACAUUUUCAACUUUAGCAAGUCUUUAUACAGAUGCAAAAAAAUCUGAUUUAUUUAAUUUUUUGUGUUGUCUAUAUUAAAGGCUACUUCAUUUAAUAUAACAGACUUAAAUGUGUUGUUGGUGCACAAUUUUUACUUAACAUAUCAAAGGGAAGCAAAAGGCACUCAUUUCAUGCAACGAUCCAUGGAUGUUUGCCUAAUCCUGCAGCGUACUGUUUUGGGGUUAUCUUCGGACUUGUACCAAUAGGAGCUUAGUGGGGGAGUGAGUUGAACGACAGAGUGAGGUGGCUUCAGUACGGGACCAAAGUCAACAGCAGUCACUACUAGGGAAGGGAUGGCCAGAGUGUCUUGCAGAGAUGAUGUUUAAAUAAAUACUGGUCACCAAACCUGCCUGACCUCUUCAGACCUGUGUACUGUACAGUGGCUUCAACCAUUUUAAUGACUGCUGCCCUAUUUGUUCAGUUAUGACAAUGACAGCUGCUGUUUUGUGCGUGUGAUAACAUUGGUUUAUGUUGUAAAAUGAUGUGGUAAGAUGUAUAUUUCCGUUUGAACUUCCCUGUGCCUGUAGUGCCAGGUAGAGGUUAACCCAACAAUACUACUCAAAGGUCUUUAUUUCAAUAGCUCUCAGUAGUGGUUUUGCCAAAACCAUAUAGCUGCUAAAGUGCCAUAAAUUCUAUAAAAAUAAAAUGUUAUUCUAA